AUGGCGGAGCAGUUCACCCCUAGGGGGAUGAAGGGGAUCGAAACUCACCUCUGCAAGCAACCUCGCUCUUGCCGUCACCAUGCCACUGCUAGCCCCGACCCCGCUCUCAGCAUCCACCCGCCCAUCCCUGGUCCUCUUCCGGACCUACACACCUCGGGUACCAUUCCAGUUGUGGACAACCAUACCCCAAAAUACCUGAAGAUGGACGUCGAGAUUGCGUAUGUCUCUGCGGCACAGCGCGCCCGUGGGCUGGUCGCGCCCGAGGACGGCACGGUCGUCGGCGUCGGUCGGGCGAAGAAGAAGAAGUGCAAGCGGGUGAGCUGCCUGCGCUCGACUUCGACCAUCCUUGACGACGGAGAGCAGGACUUGGGUUCCGAGACACCGGCGACGAAGAAGAAGAAAGCGAAAGGGUCUUCGAACACGGCUUUCUAUGGGGACUUCCCGGCGGCGCCCAAGGCACACAGCCAGGUGAAGAGCGGGAACCAGUCGAGGACCUUCCGAUGA